AUGCCGAGCUUUGUUGGUCGCCUGAGCAAGCCCAGCAACCGUUCGCAGCCCGCAAUUGCUGAGCAGCCGCUGUCCGUCUCUGGCCCGGGCUUGGGCGCUGGAAAUAGCGGUCCAGGCCUGCUAGCCGACUCGCCCGCCGAAGCAACCCCCCCGUCAGCCAACACGGCCCUCAGCUCCAGCGAGUCCUUUGUCGACGCGCUGCAAAACCUGGCAUCGCAACCGCCACCGCACCUCAACAAUCCACAGUCGGCGGGCCCCAGCCUCAAUCCCGUCCCGUUACUGAUCCCGUCGCUCGGCGUCGCUGCCGACGGCUCGUCGCCGGCCUUUAAUGGUCGCCAGCGGUUCCAGACGCCUCUCGAGCAGCAGCGGUCGCCGCCGCCGCCACUCCUCCACCUCGCAUCUCAGCGCCAGCAACCACAGCAACCACAGCAACUACAUCAAUACGACAGCGCCUCGGCCGACCGAGCCCCCGGCUCCGAAUUGUUCCAGCAGUCGUCGACGAUCACGGGCGCCCCCGAGAAGCGGUCGACACGCAAGCUCAUCAAGGGCAUUUUCUCCAGCUCGGCCCGCACCUCGCACGACCCCCCUCACCAGCACAAAUCCUCCCAGUCGCAUGGCUAUCAGAGCUCUUACGACGACACCGCAAGCCUAGCACGACGUUCGUCCAAGAGGGACUCCCGAAUCACUCUUCCCAACGCCACCAUCCGCUCGGUGCCCGGCGAGCAACUCGAGCUAUCGUCGUACGAAGACGACCGCUACCAGCCACCAGACCACCCCCCGCCUCAGCAGCAGCAGCCGCAGCAGCCACAACCCCUGCAACGUCGAGGAACACUGCACGUCCACGAGCACCAGAUCCUUCACGAACCCCAGGCACAGCAGACUGCGCCUUACGACCAGCACUUGCCACAGAGUCGUCCACAGGGGGUCCAGCAUCCGCACCUCCACCACUCAGGCCCGCACGAGCAAUUUUCCGAAUCACACAUUGUGUCCAGUCAUUCGUCGGCAGUGCUGCAGCAGCAAAACCCCGAGACCAUUUCCCAGCUUUCCUACGACUCGUUGAUUACCGAUUCGGACCAACCGUCUCUUCACCAGCAACACUCGGUCCAGACAUCGCCCGCAGACGCCUAUUCUGCCACCUUGGCCCAGGAGACGGCAUCCACGAUCCCAAAGCCGGCUCCGAUUCAGAAUCCCGAUAAUAACCAGCAGCCCGCCAUGGUUCCGCCUGGAGGCGUUCCCCCGCCGAACCGCAGGAUGGACGCCGAAAAGGCCCUGCGAGGGCAAGCCGAGCCGCCGCUCGGUCCAGCCACGGGUUAUCGCCAGGGCAGCAUAUCGACGAAUCCUAUGAGUCCUCUCCCGCCCACGCCUGGGCAGAACCUCGGCUAUCGAAGCGAUCGGGCGUCGCAGUACGAAGGCUCGGCGGGCGUCGACCAAGGUCGAGAUAGCCCUCAGCCAUCGAACCCCGAUCAGGAACUCAGCAUAGAGGUCAAGUUCAAAGAGCUACUGGUCAAGUACAAAAACGUCAAACGGCUCUAUUUCGACAACAAAUUCCACAUUACACAAUUGACUGGCCAGGUUGAGCAACUGCAAAAUGCCGUUGCCAAUCAGCGCAUGUCGCAGUCACGAACUGCUUGGGACGACAACGAGUACUCGACCAGGUUCAAUCGGCUCAACGGCGCCAUCAACAACCUGUCGUUCAACAUACGAAAGGACUGGCGCUGCCUGCCCCUCUGGCUCGAGAGCUUCGUCAGUGCCGAUGCGGUCAAGACAGGAAAGCAGGAAAUGACGGCGGUCGGGCGGGCUAUUGUGUCGAGAUGGAUCGUGGAGGAACUCUUCGACAAGUGUUUUCACCCCGGGCUGGAGCCGCAACUGAGCUGGCAGCUCAAGGAAAUUGAGCUCAGUAUCCGGGGCAACGCAUACACGAUGCACAGCCAGGAAGAGUUCGAUGCACUGACGACCAAGGUUGUCAACUGGAGAAUGGCCACCCUAGACGGGUUGCAGCAGAAGCUCAACUCACCUGAGAUGAGCGAGAACCGGGCGAAGCUGAUUAGCAGGGCCACCAAUAACCUGACAGCUUACCUCUACCAGCACCUGAACAACCCGCCGCCCCCGGGGGUGGAAGGCAGUACGUCGAUGAUCGCGGAGCUUGCCGUGGCGAUUGCAACGAACCUGCCGAUUGAAAGCCGGGACGUGGCCAUCAUGUAUCCUUUGCCCGGGGACGCGGUGCAGACCCACCUCAUGGAGAUUGAGAAGACGGGGCUGCCGACGCUGGACUCUCAGAAGUCGGAGGUUGAAGCAGUUGACGAAGAAGGGGAGGUGGAGCUGGAGGACGAGGCGGACAAGGACAAGGACAAGGGCGCGAGGGCUCGAGGAGACAAGAUCAAAGCCGGCUUCCCUAGGGACGCCGGCACGGUGCGGUUCGCAGGAUUCAUGGCGCUCGAAGUCAGAGGGCGUCAGGUGCUAAUGAAGGCUCCACGCACCGUCGAGAAGAACCUCUGCUUGAUACCCUCGGAAAACGUCGAGAGCUUUACAAACAUGGCUGUGCGAGCACAGUUUGAAAACUCCAACGAGGUCGGCGUCUUCGCCACGCUCACCAAUUCGUAUGCGCUCGUCGCCCUCGGUGCCAGCGAGAACUUCUACAGUGUCUUCGAGGCUGAACUGCAAGACAUCGUGCCCACUGUUCGGACAACCAUCGCCGGCACCCGCAUCAUCGGCCGCCUCACGGCUGGUAAUCGCAAGGGCCUCCUCGUCCCCACGUCCACCACGGACCAAGAGCUCCAGCACCUGCGCAACUCGCUGCCCGACUCGGUCCGCAUCCAGCGCAUUGAGGAGCGCCUAUCAGCCCUCGGCAACGUCAUUGCCACCAACGACCACAUCGCCCUGGUCCAUCCCGACCUCGAGCGCGAGACGGAGGAGAUCAUUGCCGACGUCCUCGGUGUCGAGGUCUUCCGCCAGACCAUCGCCGACAAUGUGCUCGUGGGGAGCUAUAUGAGCCUGUCCAACCAGGGCGGCCUGGUCCACCCCAAGACGAGCAUCCAGGACCAGGACGAGCUCUCCAGCUUGCUCCAGGUGCCGCUCGUGGCCGGCAGCGUCAACCGUGGCAGCAAUGUCGUCGGCGCCGGCAUGGUGGUCAACGACUGGCUCGCCGUCACCGGCCUCGACACGACCGCCACGGAACUCAGCGUCAUUGAGAGCGUCUUCCGGUUAGGAGAGGGCCAGGGCCCCAGCAAGAUCAACACGAGCAUGAAGGAUACCAUGGUGGAGAGUUUCUACUGA